GGUGUCUAUGGACAAGUCCGUUCACUGCACUGUCACGGUGUUACUAGCUUUCAAGAUGCACAGACGAGCAUCCAGUGGGAAAUCCACGUAAGUUUUAUGUUUUUUAAUUUUAUUUAGACGCUACAAUGUCGCUUCAAACGCACACGGAGGACACCGCGGAGGAGAGAAGCGGCUUCUUCAUCGGCGACGCUGACUCAGACAACUAUCAACUCGUACUACAGAAAGCCAACGCGUUAGCGUCGAAGGACUGUCUCAAAGAAGCAAUUGACUGGUUUUCAGCGGCUAUGCGAUAUGGCCCAGUUCAGCCCGAGCAACUGAGCACUUUCGUGGACUGUGUCCUCCGCAACUUCAAGAGGAAAGCGGGCGGAGCAGACGCCCCUUCGGCCCGGGGCCGGGACAGCCGUGGGGACGGCGUGUUGGACUGUCCAAACUGCCACUGCUUCCUCGGGGAAGCCGUGACCGUUGCGUGCGGCCACUCGUACUGUAAAAGGUGUUUACAACGGCGGCUGCUCUCCAGGUGCAAACUGUGCAGCAAUGCUGUCAGUGGCGACGAGAGAGUCAACGUGGUCCUGUGCGGACUCUUGGAUAAGUUUUUUCCGGACGCGCUGAAAAGGUCGAAAACACUGAGUGAAGUGGACGAGCUGUGCCGGAGAAAACGCUACCAAGAGGCCGUCUCUUUAGCGAACGAUGUCAUCGACAGCGAUCCAGAGACACAGGCUAUGGCAAGACUGUCUCGAGCAGAGGCGUACAUGGCUCUCAGACAGUACCACCUGGCUUUGGAGGACACAGAAGUUUGCUCCAAGUCCAGCUAUUCUGCUGAAGCUUUAUAUAGGAAAGCCAUGGUGCUGCACGAGAUGGGCCAGGUGGACGAGUCUCUCCAGUUCUUCCUCCACUGCUUGGCUGUGGACGAGGACUUUCCCUCUGCUAAAAGACAAGUGGAAAAGAUCUUAUGUGACCUGCUGUCCCCAGCUGAUGAGAAUGUUAAGGUUGGCCUGUGGGAAACCACACAGAACACAUCGCCUCAUUUACGCAGCAAAACCAUCAUGGCUGAAACCCAAGAGCCGCCACAGACCCCAGUCCAAAGACAACACAAACACCAAGUCCACGCUGCCUCUGCAAAUCCCCAUACGGACAACACGGAGAAUUGUUUGGAAAGUCUGGAGAACCCUGGUCUGAGUCGAUGUCACUCACUUCACUUGCACGAUUAUGGUGAAGGUCUGAAGAGAGUUUGCUCCGCCCCUCAGCUCGGUCACCAGGAAAAAUGCAGCCUGCUGAAGAGAAAGUUGUCAGUGUCAGACACAGAGCCCCACGUUGUGGGCCGUGGAAGUACCAAGCAUAAAAAACAAGGUGUUUCAAAAGUCUCCAAAGAGCAGGCUGCCAAAUCAAAAACCUGCAGAAAUAUUCCUAAGGAUCUGAUGGAUGCCAAUGACUUGGAGUGUUCCCUCUGCAUGAGGUUGUUUUAUGAACCUGUGACGACACCUUGUGGCCACACCUUCUGUAAAAACUGUCUUGAACGCUGCUUGGACCACACGCCUCAGUGUCCUCUCUGUAAGGAGAGUUUAAAAGAGUAUCUAGCAUGUAGGAAGUACAUGGUGACAACUAUCAUGGACACGCUGAUUAAACAGUAUUUGAGUCGGGAGAAUGCAGAAAGAACUAAGACUCAUCUGGAGGAGACCAGAGAGCUUUCUGAUCUGACGAAGAAUGUGCCUAUAUUUGUCUGCACUAUGGCUUACCCCACUGUGCCUUGCCCCCUGCAUGUCUUUGAGCCACGUUACCGCCUCAUGAUCCGCCGCUGCAUUGAAACGGGCACGCGGCAGUUCGGGAUGUGUAUCAAUGAUCCUCAGAAAGGGUUUGCUGAUCAUGGCUGCAUGCUGAUCAUAAGGAGUGUCCAUUUCAUGCCUGACGGACGAUCGGUAGUGGACACAAUUGGAGGGAAACGGUUUCAGGUCUUGUCCCGAGGAAUGAAGGAUGGAUACAGCAUUGCAAACAUUGAACACUUGGAGGAUACAAGGGUGGAGAACAGUGAUGAGCUCGAGAGGCUUCAGGAGCUGCAUGACGCAGUGUACGAACAGGCCCGGGUCUGGUUCCAGAACCUCAAGAUCCAUUUCCACAACCAGAUCCUGCAGCACUUUGGGCCCAUGCCAGGACGGGAAGAUGAUAUUCAGGCAACUCCCAACGGUCCAGCUUGCUGCUGGUGGCUGCUAGCUGUCCUGCCCAUCGACCCACGGUACCAACUGUCUGUCCUCUCCAUGACUAGCCUCAAAGAGCGUCUGGUGAAGAUCCAGCACAUCCUCACUUAUCUGCAAAGCAUCCCCAAUAACUAGAGCUUCCUCUUCUCACUAUGAAAAGAAACAUCUUAUGGACCUUUUAACAACCUUAAAGCAGUCUUUAAAAACAACUUCAAUUCUCCAGCAAUCUGAUCUUUUAAAUUUAAAAGUUCUCCAGUUUGUAUCAGUCUUACAGAAUCGGCUGCAAAUCUGAACUUGAACUGUAGGUCUCUGGAAUCAGAGUUGUGGCUGAACUGACUGAGGGAUACUUUGAAGGAUGCCCUUUGUGUGUGACAAGAAAUAACACUUCUACAAUAAUCUACUUUUGUUCUUGAUGCAGUUUUUACUUUUGAGGGACCUUUUAAAUUGAAAGGUUUCUACAACAUAUUUCCACUUAGUAAACGUGUUGUGAUUCUCUUGAAGACGAUGAGAGAGAAAGUGUAGUAUAAAUGAUGGACUGGUGUUAAGAGUCUGGAAGUUUUUGGACUUUGUUUUGUUUCUUUACUGUAAUGUUUUUAUUUAUUUGUAGAAGGGAAGAGGUAAAACAAAUGCCUAAAUGCUGAAAGUCCAAAAAAAGUCAUAGUAUGGUGAAAUCGUAUGUGGUAAAGAGAAAAAAAAAAAGUGAGAAUUCACUACUUGCACAACAAAGUCAAACCACAUGGUGGCAUAUUUGUACCAACACUUAUUGAAAGUAUUAAUCGAUCUCUUCCAACACAUCUGUUCAAGUCUCUUCUCCUUAACUUCUUUACCGUGAACAAUAUAUGUUGCUGCUUGCAAGUGUAGGCAUAGGAUUGUUUUAAUGGAAAAAAAAAAAAGACACAAGCUGUGUUUCCGAGUUUCUUCCAAGCUGUCGUGCUGAGAUUGGCCGUUUUGUGCCUCCUCUUCUAAUUUUAGAGGAAAUGUCAUGGUCUGGAAUCUCAUCAGGAAAUCUCGUCUUUGCUCUCUCUCUCUUCUCUUUCUCCCUCGCAGUUAACUUUCACAAGAGCUGUCUGCCAAACCUGUUUGUGUCAUGCACUUAAUGUGAGGAUUUGAAAUGAAAAGUGUUAAAGAGCUUCUUCCAUGUUCGUCUCUCCUCAAACCAAAAUUCCGGCUCAUCGCAGAAAUAACUCCAACUAAAUGAAGUCAUGAGGUUAUUAUAUACGUACAUUCUGACCACGUUCUUGUAUGAGACAUUCUAAGGGAGGCUUGUUAUAACUUCUGUAGAAUUACCACCAAUAGAUUGGCACUAUUCUUCACCCAGAGCUGCUCGGUCUGAGGAGAGCACGUACAGUGCUUCAAGUCAGGAGACUUUGCCUUACACCAUUUUGCAUUGUGAUUUAAUAACACGCUGCAUUGGCAUUGUUACCAUUCCUUUUUGCCACAGUAUGAAGAACAUUGUUUUAAUUUAUAUUUGUCACUUGUUGGUGAGUUUGAGGCACCAUAUCUUCGCAAUGUGUAUAAAAAAAAAAGAAGAAGCUACGUUCAGGUUAAGGCUGUUGUAUGUAAAUCAUUUGUAAGAAAAGAGAAUAAAAGCUUUUUGGACGGACAUUGCUUUUCUGCUCUGAUGUAUUAAGUUAUCAGUUUUCAAUAAUAAAUGCAACUCUUUUUUCA